AUGUCUGUUGUUCUCGAGCCCGCCGAGCUUGGCUUCAAGCGCCCGUUCCAGCAUGAGGUCACCCAAAACCUCCGCCUUCGUAAUCCCCACUCCGACCCCGUGGCUUUCAAGGUGAAAACCACCGCUCCCAAACAGUACUGCGUGAGGCCUAAUUCUGGUCGCAUUGAUCCGGGCCAGAGUGUCGAAGUCCAGAUUCUCCUCCAGGCCAUGAAGGAAGACCCCCCACCAGAUGCCAAAUGCCGCGAUAAAUUCCUCGUCCAAUCCGUCCUCGUUACUGCAGACAAGGAGUUCACCAACGUCGCUCAACUGUGGUCCAACAUCGAACAGACUUCCAAGCAGUCCAUCCAGGAGAGGAAGAUUAGGGUCAUCUUCCUGCCCGCUGACGACGAACAUCUCACCACGCCAUCCAAGACCAAUGGCGCACACUACGACGACCAGUCGACCCUCUCGUCUCCAUCCAUCGAUUCGGCUGUAACCCCCCAGCGCGGCUCCUCCGAGACACCGGUUGGAUCUGUCUCGCGCCCUGAAUCUCGUCCGACCGGCAGCAGAAAUCUUGGCGAGGCUCGUGAGUCAGCAUUCAACCCCGCCAUGUCUGGUGGUGCCACAUCCACCGUCGGUGCUGCCGCCGCCGCUGUAUCGAACGCGAUCCCGUCCACGGCAGAUCUCCAGGCCCAGCUCAACAGCGCCCAAGCCACUAUUCGCCAGCUUCAGAAAGAUGCCGCGAGCGGACUUCGCCAGCGAAAAGUGCCUGGAACCUCGGAAAGCACAAAGGAUCAGGGACAAACGGCCAUGGGCACACAACAGGCACCUGCUGGCGGUGUAUCCGUCCAGAUCACGGCUCUGUUGUGUCUAAUAAGCUUCCUACUCGCUUACCUGCUUUUCUAA